AUCCAUCCGUUUAAAUAGCAAUAUAUAAAAGAGUAAAUUAUACAACAAGAAAUUUCACAUUGUGUUAAGAAAUGCAAGAAUACGUUUACCAAAUAGCGUAACUUAAUUUCAUAUCAGCCUUAAACUUUUGCGACAAUGAGACGAUUCAUUUUUCUCGUCUUUAUAAGCGUGCUUUUAAUGAAGAAUGUCACGCCAUCGAAAAUCCAGAAAUAUCCUUCACAUUUGGCAUGGCUGUUUGGUUUCAAUAAUAAACUAAAUAAAAAUCUAAAAAAUGAGGAAGAAAGUAAUGAAAAAAAUAAACCGACUGUGUGCCAAUCUCAAGAGUGCAAAGAAAUCGCUCAAAUAUUUUUGGACAGCAUGGAUAAAUCUGUGGAUCCAUGCGACGAUUUCUAUGAAUACGCUUGUGGAAAAUGGCCAGUACAUAAUCCCAUUCCAAAAGGAAUGACAUCUUGGAAUAUGUACGAUCUUGGAACAAGCCUGGUCAUGAACAAAACAAAAGAAAUUUUCGACGAAGGUCCAAAGGACGGCGAUCUAUUGGCGAUAAAACUUGCAAAGAAAUGGUACACAGUCUGCAUGGAUACAGAUGCAAUAGACAGACAAGGACUGGAGCCGCUUGUUUUUACUCUUUCACGGAUAGGUGGUUGGCCAAUGAUAAUGGAACCAGACGAAUGGAACGAGCAAGAAUACAGCUGGCAAAAAGUGGAUGAUCAAUAUAUGCGUUUGACAGGAAGAAAUGCUUUUCACGAUGUGCGCAUAAAUGAACGCGAGCGAAAAUCUCGGAAUGGAAUACAUAUUGAUACUCCACAUUUACCUCCGGGUUCAUUUAAACUUUGGUAUGAAGUCGACUUUAGUGAAGAAAAAGACGAAAGUGACGAAGAUCUCAGUGAUGAAGAAAAGCAAAGCGAUCAGCAGAAUGAUAGUCUAGAACCUGGAAGCGAAGGCGAAGAUCACGAUGAAAGCGGUAAUAGUAAUGAUAACAAUGAGGAUUAUUAUAACGACGAUGACGAUGAUGAUGAAAAUAAUGAAGAUGACGGUAACAAUGAAGGUAUAAAUGAGCAAGAUAAUAAAAACGCGAAGAAGAAAGUUGAUAUGAAAAAAACUGCCAAAUUUACAAAAAAUAAAAAAAUAAAACAUAAUAAAAAAAUAAAAAAUAACAUCCAUUUUAAGAAGUACAAGCAUUAUAAAAUGAAGGAAGAGAGAGUAAAAAGACGAGCGAUAUCAAAUAUUCACGACAAAUUGUAUUCGCAAAAGAACGAAAAGAAUUAUAUGAAGCAAUCCCGUAGGGAAAAACGAAAGAAAAUUUUAGAGGUUACAACACCGCAAAUAAAUACAGAAAAACUAACUGAGGAAAACAACAUGAAGCAAUAUGCUAAUUAUAUUUCGAAAGUAGCUCGCGCCAUAGCUAAAGCACGAGGCGCCGACGUCUCAGAGGAACAAAUGAAUAAAGAUAUCAAAGACAUGAUCGAUUUUCAAAUAAAACUAGUUGACAUUACUACGGAUUUCAACGAUGAUAAAGAGAUGACAUUCAAAAAGUUUCAAGAAUCUUAUGGUAAAAGAAACAAAUCUAAAACUGUUAACAGCGCGAUCAAUUGGGCAUACAAAAUUGAGGAAAUAUUUGACGAGGCUUACGUGCCUGUGGAUGGCGAUUUAAAUCUGAAAAUUGGUUCACCCGGUUACUUCAAGAAGCUUAUUGCUUUGCUAGAUAAGACAUCGAGUCGAACGAUUGUAAACUAUAUACAUUGGAAUUUCUUAAGCAGAAUAAUAAGAGCUACCACAAGUGAAAUGGAAAAAUUAUACAAUGCGUGGAAAGGAGAAAAUGAAGACGAUAAUGAAGAGAUUUCUGGAUUUUCAGGAAGAUCCCAAAGAUGCGUACAGGAAAUAGAGAUGGGCGACCUCCUAGCAUACGAGUACGUGAGAAAUGAGUUUCCUGAUAAAGUUCAGACAGCUGCAUCGGACAUGAUGGACGAUAUACAAAAAGAAGUCGAAUAUCAAAUUAAAGAGUCAGAAUGGAUGGAUGAAGAUACUAAAGAUUUUGUUUUAGCGAAAUUAGUAAAUAUGAAGAAAUUUAUCGGAUAUCCAGAUUGGUAUAGAAAUGAUACUAUCGUUAAACGAUAUUUUCAAGGACUUAUUAUCGGCAAUUCAUAUUAUGAGAAUACGCUCAGCUACAAAAGGUACACUAAAUGGAAAGAAUUACGCAAGUUGAUAAAACAAGAUGAAGAUAAUGGAAUAAUGUCGAUGAGCCCUUUAAUGGUAAAUGCCAUGUUUUCUCCGUAUGAAAAUUCCGUAGAUCUCCCAGCAGCAAAUUUUCAGAAUCCAUUUUUUGCUUAUGGCCGACCACAAGCUAUUAAUUAUGGCAUUGUUGGGUCAACUAUAGGUCAUGAAGUUAAUCACGGAUUUGAUGACACGGGGCAUUUAUAUGAUAAGAAUGGAGAAAACGUGGAAUGGUUAUCUGCAAUGGCUGAAGCAUACAGCAAAAGAGCAGAAUGCUUUGUGGAACAAUUUAAUAAUUAUUCCAUUGAUAAGACAUCAAAUUACACAAUAGAAAACUAUGGUAACCAGACAAUAGGAGAAAAUAUUGCGGAUACAAUGGGAUUAGAGGCAACGUUUAGAGCUUAUCGGAGAAGGGAAAGAGAAUGCGGAAAACCGAAUAUCGUUUUGCCGGGUUUGGAAGAUUUUACUAGUGAUCAACUUUUUUUCCUAUCUUUUGCCUUUUUGUCGUGCGAAGUCCAAUUAGAUAGCACCAUAAGUAUGGCUAAAUUGGACUCACAUAGUACUGAAAGGUUGAGAGUGAUAGGAUCCGUUUCAAAUUCGCAAGACUUUGCUGAAGCUUACAAUUGCCCGGUCGGCAGUGCGAUGAAUCCCAAAAGAAAAUGUAAUAUCUGGAAAUAAAUAACUUACACAUACAUUACAAAUUAAACUUGCUAAUACUUAAUAAAAAUAGCAUAAAAUAACUAAUAACAUUUCUUGUCUAUAUAUAAUAUAUAUUAACGAAUAAAAUUAAGCAUAAUAUAGACUUAUUUUUUUUCUUCUCAAAAUUGAAGUCUUUAUCACAUCUCGUCUUAAAAAAAUCAAUUAUAUAUUUAAAUAAAUAAAAUGCCAUAUAUCGUUCAAAGGAAA